GCCACGCUCCGCUACCCCCAUAUAUAAACCUAUCUCUAACUAUCCUUGAACUUCAUUUCAACACUGAUCGACCAUUGAAAACCACCCUUCAGUUGUAAUAUCUUAACUGCGUUCUGGAUUGUGUGUGUGUUUAAAAUAUGUGAUUGGUUGUCGAGGAACUGUGAUAUUUUGUGUUAAAUUUGUUACAAAAUGAGAGCCGUAUUGCAAACGAUACGGAUACUAGUGCUGAUCGUAAUAGUCCACAACACGCACUGCCAAGAUGGAUUCAAUAAUCAAGACAUCCUGCGCGUACAACAAGUGGGCAAUGAUGGACACAUCGAAACGAUUACAGGCUAUAGCAAAAAUGAUCCAAAUAGUCAAUCAAUGUCUUCCUUGAACGUUCAAUACCAGAUGCAAAAUAACGCAAACAAUUACGAUUUUAACCGCGACCGCGGCAGAACAAGGAAAGUUUAUCGUAUCAAAAAUCCUUUCCAAGGUUCACAAGGAGAUGAAACUCAAAUGGAUAGUAACAAUUCUCAAGAUACAGGUACUGCAGCUAGUAACCAGUAUGCUGGUAUGCAGUAUUCCCUUCCACCUGAGGAGUUCUUGCAACAGAUGAGAGCGGAAAAUCAAUACCUCCAACAACAGCAGCAACAGCAGCAACAACACCAGCAACAGCAACAGUUAUCCACGCAAGCUUCUGUUUAUUCAUACACGGCUACUCCUCAGCCCCAAUAUUCAUAUUCAACCAUGACUGCUUCUAAUUACGAUAAUCAACCCCUUCAAAAUAUGCAAGAACAAAAGUCUUUAAACUCGAUGUAUAAUUCUAACCAAAAUACGUAUCAAUAUAAUACUGCUAAUAGCUAUAAUUUAGAUACUCCGCAUAGCACCCCAGCGCCUUCGUUUUUAUCCACACCGAGUAAUCAAUAUAACAUUGGUACACCUACAAAUACAUUUGUUUCUAGCGCCUCACCCAUGUACAUAACUAGCCCACCUAACUUACAACCAUACGUAUCAUCUCCUUAUACAAAUACGCAAACAGGCACUGUAGAUUACAAUAGCAACAGGGUGUCUACAAUUGGCAAUAGCUUACAAAAUUACGAUACAAAUAUGUUAAAUAAAAAAAUACAGAUGGAAUAUGGUAACAACUUAAGAUACCAAACAAAUUCACAGAAUCAAUAUCAAAAUGACUAUCCUUCAUCGACUAUAUCUCCAGUAUCAUCUCCCUAUUCGGAAGAAAUAAGAGAUAAUUGGCAGAGUUCUGGCUCUAAUUACAAUAAUGGUUUGGCCCUGCCUAAGUCUAGUCAAGAUUUAUCUCUGUCACAAUAUCCCCUAAACACACACUACCGAUAUAAUAACCAAGAAGACACAAAAAUAGAUAAUAACUACGACAAUAUUAACCAAGAUAGCCGUCGUUUCGGUGCUUUAAGUGCAGCAAAUAAUGUAUAUUACAAUUACAUCAAUCCUGACAACCAACAACAAAAUAACUAUAAAGUUCAAGUUAGGGAAGUAGAUCAACAAUUUGGACAAACACCUAGUUAUUCGCACGGUGAUUACGGAUGGAAACUUAACGAAAGAAGGUCUCCUAGCUAUGGGGGAGAUGUAUCGACGGGAAGUUACUCAGGCUAUCAGUUAUAUAAUACAAAAUCAGACAAUAGCGGAGCUAUGAGUCAAGUUAAUUUCCACAUGGACACUAGUAGGCCGUAUAACUAUAAUCAAAUAUCAAAAUCCAGUACAGAAAAAUUAGAAGCUGAAGAAUUUGCAAGGGCCGCUGCAAAAGCUCACGAAAAUUUAAAACAACAACUAGAAGCUGAUCGGCUUUCAGCAAACCAUCAAUAUGGUAACAAUGUUUAUUCAAAUGGUGAUACCUAUUAUACAAACAAUGAUAAAUCUAGAAACAAAUACGAAAAUCAAAAUUCUAAUCAAUAUUCAAGUGGCUCAAUGCAAACAGAUUAUAAUUCUCCGUCUCAAUAUUUUUCAAGGGAAAACUACGUAGAUAAACCUAAGCAGUCCUUUGAUCAUGAUAGUGCUAUAAAAAAUAUUGUGCCCAUAGAUGUUUCGAAUGUUGUUCAAAACUCUAAUGCUCAAAUGAAGUCCAAUGGCUUGGAUUUAAACAAUAAAUACAGUUUAACGUCUUAUAAUAAAGAACAAGUUGAACAAAACUUAAAACAAGCUAAUCGACCGACGAGCGAGACUUAUUAUAAAGAUAAAAACAACGUUUAUUCAUUUGGAAUUAAAUCUCAACCAGAAGAAUACAUGUCUAUUGCUGAGCGUUUGAAACAGAAGGAUUCUGUUUCUCUCCAAGGAAAGUCGCAAUCAUCAGAUGCUAUUUUUGGGUUUGGAGGAUUUUCUGGGAAUAAACGAUAUGUUGAUGAUUCGUCACAACUAAACAACUAUGGAAGUCACUCUUCUAGUAAUCAAGAUAGUUCUUUAUCUGCAGAUAGUAUACAACAGAAUAUUUUACAGCGUAAGCCACUAACAGGAUCCGAUAUAGCGACCCUUAUGAAAUUUAAUGAUAUUCCUCUUCGUCUCACACAUAACUUAAAUGUUGACUCAUUUAGAUUACAAAAUAACAACUUUGAACAAAAUCCAUUGCCCAAUCCGCUUCCAGUUAGAUUAAGUCAAAAUCUUGAAAACCAUCAUGUCGAUGUAGCAACCGAUAUACUGAAUAAAUUGAUCGCUAGUAAACAAAAUAAUAUAAACAACAAUAGGCAAGAAACUGAGUCCCAAAACAGUAAUUUAUUAUCUACUAUCAAUGGUUUUAAAGUGGCUAAUCCGUUUAAUAUUGAUUUGAAAUUAGUUGCUGAAAUGCUGAAAGGAAAACCAAUUAUAGAUGACAGUCAAUUAAGUUCUUUAAGGGAUCAAUACGCAAAACCAAUAAAGUUUGACAUACCACAAAUACAACAGCUUCUUUUGAAAAAUGAUAAUACUGGAUUAAGCUCCAGUAUCGGGACUAUUCCUAGCUCUUAUUUCGAUAUUUUUAGUAAUAAUCAUUAUCCUUUUCAAGGUAUUAAAUAUUCACGCAGUGAGGAAGGACCAGAAAAUAUUCCGAUUGCAGAACCAUCAAAUAGCCACCCAAUAGGAGCUGUGGUCGAAGAGGACACUUCUUUAGUCGGUCAAGACAAUACAGAUUUGACCGAAACAGACGAAGACACUGAAACUAAUAUUGAUGAGGAUCGGCCUCUGAAAAUGUUUUCUACCAAUGGAAGAACAAUGGGUGAUAGAUAUAGACAUACCAGUUCGUUGACACACGGUCGCCAUGCCUAUCUAAGAAAGUAUCCAAAAAGUUCAGUAGACCAGCCUUAUCCCUUGUUAAAACCACCUCCCCCACAUAAGUUACGAAGCAAGGUAAUUCACCAUUCUGAUAAAAGUAGUCGAAAGAGGCGUGUAAAUAAGCCUAAAUCGCUCAGAUUUUUUAAGACGGAAGCUCUUUAUGAAGCAAAUGCAUCUGAUGUUGGAGAAACAAAAACAGCUGUUUCAACGCUAUUAAAACCACCACCCGUAAUGGAGGAUAAAUCAGAUAUGGUAGACGAGGAGGAAAACCCUAUAGAAGAGACGUAACUCUUGUAAAUUAUCAUCUGAAUGUGUGUCAAUAAUAACUUAUUUUCUAUUAAAGUGUAGUAUACUGUCGCUUAAACAUAUUGUAUAUUUCACUGAUUUUACUAUGAGUAUAAACAUUACUAUUUAUUUAACUUGAGCUUUUGUUAAAAUCAGGGCCCGGGCGUGAUUAAGAGAAGGACACAUAGAUUAUAUUUAUGUCCAUUAUUUAAGAUAUUGAUCGUGGAAGAUGUUAUUUGUAUUUUAUGACAAUAUGAAUUCUUUUAAUAAUUUCCAUUAUACUUCUGCCAUUGUAGGAUAGUUAUUUCUGUAAAUAAAGUGUUUAAAAAUAAAUUUAAAAUUAGUAUGUAAGUUGUAAAUAUUAUAUUGUUAUAUUGUAAUAAAAAGGCAUUUAGCUGUUUUGUACAUCAAUACAAACUGUUGAUUUAUCCUAAAUUGUUAAGUUUUUGAGCUCGUUAUUCAAUAAAAUUUUGAAACUAU